AUGGGUUACUCCUCCACUCGAAAAGUACCUCACGACAGUGACUCUCAUGCAACCAAUAAUGACAACGUGAUUAUUGGAGAUGAAACUAAAGCCUCUGAAGCACAAGUUGUUCCUCAAGACAAUGACACGUCAUCUAUAGAAGAGAGUGGAGCUGAACCUACUUUGAUCCCAGCUCAACCUCAAAGGAAUCCAACUCGAGAUAGACAUCCACCAUCAAGGCUACAAGACUAUGUAACUAUCACAUCCCAGAUUGGCUUUGCUGUAGCACGAUAUUGUCCGCUUUGGGCCCCACUAUCUGCCCUCACGGUUUUAUUUCUGGGAACUUAUGAGCAACUUCCCAAUGGAGGUGGGCAUGUACAUAUAAGGCACAUCACUCCUUCUCCGUUGGUCGACGUGGGAUGUUACAACCCACCCCUCUUAGGGGCCCGACGUCCUUGUCGGUACACUCGCACCACACAGUAG